AUGCAAAUAUUUGUCAAGACACUCACGGGAAAGACGAUAACCCUUGAGGUUGAAAGUUCCGAUAACAUCGAAAAUGUAAAACAAAAGAUUCAAGAUAAAGAGGGUAUUCCACCUGACCAGCAGCGUCUUAUUUUCGCUGGUAAACAACUUGAGGAUGGUCAUACUUUGGCGGAUUAUAACAUCCAGAAAGAAUCCACUCUUCAUCUCGUAUUGCGUCUAAGAGGUGGUCUUAUUGAACCAUCGCUCAGACAAUUGGCCUCGAAAUAUUGCUGCGAAAAAAUGAUUUGCAGGAAAUGUUAUGCAAGAUUGCCUCCAAGAGCGACUAACUGCAGGAAGAAGAAGACCGAAGAAGAAGCUGAAGGGUUAAAGCCUAUCGAAUAUUCGCCACAGGAAUUGGUAUUCUUUGCCUUACCAUGUCCUAAUAAAAUUGUUUUCCUGUCUGAGAAUAAAUCAAUUGAAUAA